UGCCUCUGUCUCCGCAGGCGGACGGCACACCCGGGCGUCUGCAGGGGUGACUUCUCCGGGCUCAACCCCGGCAGGUGUUCCUGAACCUUCCCUCGGCCCCUGCCUGGGGCGCCACUGCCCCUCCUUCCGGCCGGGUCAGGGUGGGAGUGAAGGGCCGGCAGAGGUGGAGGGAAGGGAAGGCGGGCAGGCAGGAACCAGGAUUUUCAAACGCUCCAACCAAAGGAAAUCGCAGCAUCGCGGGCCGGGGGAAAUGAAAGACUCUGGAAGUCUCCAGGAAUUUGAUUCUGUGAGCUGGUUUCCAAGAGGCUAAGUUAAGCUUCUCCAAGUGGAUAUUAAAAAGGAGCAGCGAGACGAGCCCGGGCGGAGGGGCUGGAGGGGGUGGAGAGAAGGCACCGGAAGCCGCCGCACGCUGCACCUCGGGAGCCACCGCACAAAGCCCCGCCGGCCGGUCCUCGGCCCGGAGGACCCUGGGGACCGCAGGAGCCUUUCAAGGCCCACGUCCGGCCCUUGCUCCCGCCUCUUCUUUUAUUUCUCUCCUUCGCUGCCUUUCCCCUCCCGAUUCCAAGAGACAAUGCUACUUCAGUUUGGAGCACAAACAUAUGAUCAGCACAUGGAAAUGUGGUAAUUUGGAUGCAUUCGUGAUUGCAACAGAUUGAAGAAAUUAGACCAGACAAAGAGUGUUUUUGGAGGAGGAGGAGAGGAGGCAGAAAGAGGGAGGGCGACGGGGUGAGAAAGGGGAGGACGCCUCUGGAAAGGGGGACGCCGGGACUCCCGCCUGCUGCUAAAUAUAUCCGUAGUGAUGGAGAGAGACCGGAUCACAGCCUUGAAAAGAUCUUUUGAGGUCGAGGAGGUCGAGACGCCCAACUCCACCCCAACCCGGAGGGUCCAGACUCCCCUGCUCCGGGCCUCUGUGGCCAGCUCCACGCAGAAGUUCCAGGACCUGGGUGUGAAGAACUCAGAGCCCGCGGCCCGCCAUGUAGACUCCCUCAGCCAGCGAUCCCCCAAGGCUGCCCUGCGGAGGGUCGAGCUCUCGGGCCCCAAGGCCGAGCCUGUGUCUCGGCGCACCGAGAUCUCCAUCGACAUCUCGUCCAAGCAGGUAGAGAACACCGGCACCGCCGGGCCGUCCCGGUUCGGGCUCAAGCGGGCCGAGGCACUGGGCCACAAGACGCCAGAGCCCACCCCUCGGAGGACGGAGAUCACCAUAGUCAAGCCCCAGGAGUCAGCCCACCGGAGGAUGGAGACCCCCACCUCCAAGAUCCCUGAGGUGCCCGCCAUCCCCACCGCUGACGCAGCCCCCAAGAGGGUCGAGAUCCAGGUGCCCAAGCCAGCCGAGGGGCCCGCCUCCCCCAUCCCACCCCAGACCCUGGAGAAUUCGGAACCCACCCCGAUGUCUCAGCUGCAGAGCAGGCUGGAGCCCAAGCCCCAGCCGCCCGUGGCUGAGGCCCCACCCAAGAGCCAGGAGGCCACCGAGGCAGCUCCCGGCAGCGUUGGCGACAUGGCCGACACCCCCAGAGACGCCGGGCUCAAGCAGCCGCCCGCGCAGAGGAACGAGAAGGCCCCCGUGGACUUCGGCUACGUGGGGAUCGACUCCAUCCUGGAGCAGAUGCGCAGGAAGGCCAUGAAGCAGGGCUUCGAGUUCAACAUCAUGGUGGUCGGGCAGAGUGGCUUGGGAAAGUCCACCUUGAUCAACACCCUCUUCAAAUCCAAAAUCAGCCGGAAGUCAGUGCAGCCCACCUCGGAGGAACGCAUCCCUAAGACCAUUGAGAUCAAGUCCAUCACACACGAUAUCGAGGAGAAGGGCGUCCGCAUGAAGCUGACGGUCAUCGACACACCGGGGUUCGGGGACCACAUCAACAAUGAGAACUGCUGGCAGCCCAUCAUGAAGUUCAUCAAUGACCAGUACGAGAAGUACCUGCAGGAGGAGGUCAACAUCAACCGGAAGAAGCGCAUCCCAGACACGCGCGUCCACUGCUGCCUGUACUUCAUCCCCGCCACCGGCCACUCCCUCAGGCCCCUGGACAUCGAGUUCAUGAAGCGCCUGAGCAAAGUGGUCAACAUCGUCCCCGUCAUCGCCAAGGCCGACACGCUGACCCUGGAGGAGAGGGUCUACUUCAAACAGCGGAUCACUGCAGACCUGCUGUCCAACGGCAUCGACGUGUACCCCCAGAAGGAGUUUGACGAGGACUCAGAGGACCGGCUGGUGAACGAGAAAUUCCGAGAAAUGAUCCCGUUUGCCGUGGUGGGCAGUGACCAUGAGUACCAAGUGAACGGGAAGAGAAUCCUUGGAAGGAAAACCAAAUGGGGCACCAUUGAAGUCGAGAACACCACGCAUUGUGAGUUUGCUUACCUGCGGGACCUCCUCAUCAGGACACACAUGCAGAACAUCAAGGACAUCACCAGCACCAUCCACUUCGAAGCCUAUCGCGUGAAGCGUCUGCACGAGGGCAGCAGCGCUGUGGCCAAUGGUGUCGAGGAGAAGGCUCCAGAAGCCCAGGGGAUGUAGACACCGCCUGUCCCGGGACCCCGCCCCGAGUCUUUUCCGUCUCCCCCCACCCUCCCCCCACCCACCUGCCCCGUUUUAUUUUAUAUAAUUUUCUCCAUGUGUCCUCCAUCUCCGCCCCUUUAUACCUGCCAAGUAACAAGAUGACGAGUGCCCUCUGAGUAUGUUUGUCAUUAGCCCGCUGACUAUGGGGACCCGGGCUGGGGGGGGGGUCCUCGGAGUGGAGGCCGGCUCUCUGGCCGUCCCUGAGGUCCAGGAGGGGCGGGAGGACCACUGACUCAGUCCUGACCCUGCCCCGGGGCCGGAGGAGUGGCCUCCAGCUCUUGGUGCCCCUCGGACACAGCCUCUGCGGCGUGGCAGGGUGGUGCCCGUGGGAGGAUGGAGCCAUUCUCGUGGACCUGGAGCCCCUGCCUGCCCCUGCCUCCCCACAUGGCCCUGGCCGCAACUCAGAGCACCCCACCCCGCCCCACAUGGCCCUGGCCGCAACUCAGAGCACCCCACCCCACCCCCAGGGGAGAGCAGUUCAUUCCACGAGACCCAAGUUGCCAAUUGCUUUAGAUGCAGCGAGGCCAUUGGCUGCUGCCCGCCCACCUGCCUGCGCCCCUGUCCUGGAGCAGGAAGUGCCUUUAUCUCAGCCGUCCUCGCGAGCCAGCAGCUCUCCCCCGCUGUCCCCUUGGACGAGAAAUUGGGACAAGUUGGAGAGAGGGAGGUGUGUCUUCAUCUCCCCUCAUGUCCCACCCCCCCCCCACUGGGAUUUGAUUGAGGAUUCAAAGGAAGAGGAAAGGUGCACCCCACCCGCCUGAGUUUUGGGGAAGGUCCGAGUGAGAGAAUCUGGAGCAGAAGCUAAGGGAGGAGGUACUGGCAGGUGCCCAAAGGAAGUGGGCCACGGGGACCAUGGCUGGGGACGCUCAGAGUGGCCCUUGUGGCCUUGGUGGCUGCCCUGCCCCACCCCGUGUGACUGGGGAAGCCUGUGUCUGUCUGUCUGUUUAGACAUCCAUUGGGCCCAAGAUGCUCUGGUUAAGUGAAUGCCCAGUUGGGCACCCCAGAUGCACACUCAGCCCUCCCGCCCAGGCUGUGCUGAUGCCGCCUCCAGGGAGGUGGGAGGCCAGGGAAGCCUGACUUUGUGUUGCCCUAAGUUUGCCUGGGCCUCUGUUCACCUCCCCCCCGCACCCCGGAGCCCAUCGUAAUGACCCCAAGGAGGGAUUGGCCAGGGGUCGGGUGUGCAUGGCCCACUGCAGGGCUACAGAGCAGGCUUCACGUCUGCACGGCUCAGGCCUGUGAGCUUAGACACGGGGAGAUGCACGGCCAUCUGCAGACCCCUGGCUUGGUGAGAAAUGUGGUGGGAGGGGUGGGUGCAGACUGACCUGGCAUGUGCGCGCGUGCGUGUGUGUGCACACGUCCGCGUGCGUGCGAGUGUCAUCGCUUUGCGUGUUUGCUCCCUCCCCACCCAAGAGAGGAAGGACCCCUUAGCGAAACAGUUUACUUGCCGACUUGCCAUUUUUGCCAAAACCAAGAUGUUGAAAGACGUGUCUGUCUCCAGCGUCGGGGUCGCAGCCUCUGUCCCGGGAUGCCUUCGCUUUCCUUGUCUGUAGCCAGAUUUUGAAACAUUGUUAGUUUCCCUGGGAUCUGUUCCACAGUGGCCUUUCGCUAUGUGCCUCUUGAGAAAUUCGUCUCUUUUUGUAUAAAUAACAAAGUGUUGAAAAUGUAUUUCCUGAAAUAAAUGUUCCAAAUGCAAACCCAG